AUGACAGCCAAACCCGCGAUCGGCUUUUGCGGCCUCGGUGCCAUGGGCAUCGGAAUGGCGACGCAUCUCGUCAAAGCAGGAUACGCGGUAACAGGCUUCGACCUAUACGCACCGUCCCUAGAAAGGUUCGCUACAGCAGGCGGCAUACCCUCGACUUCGCUCUCCGAGUCGGCAAAAGACAAGCCAUUCUACAUCGUCAUGGUCGCCGCGGCUUACCAGGCACAACCUGCUCUGUUCGCCGCCGAAGGGAUAGUUCAGGCGCUACCGCACGGCGCAACGCUGCUUUUAUGCUCGACGGUGCCGAGCGCAUACGCAAAAAGCGUGGAGAAGGCGUUGGUAGACGCCGGACGGGACGAUAUCUACUUCGUUGACGCGCCCGUGUCCGGAGGUGCAGGGCGUGCAGCCGACGGCACGCUGAGUAUUAUGGCUGGAGCGUCGGAAGCGGCGCUGCACAAGGGCAAAUGGCUGCUCGACGAGCUGUCUGCGCCGACGAAGCUGUUCAUCGUGCAGGGCGGCAUUGGCGCAGGGAGUAAUAUGAAAAUGGUGCAUCAGGUACUUGCUGCAGUGCAGAUUCUGGCUGUCAGCGAGGCGUAUGGGUUUGCAGCGCGAUUGGGCUUGAAUGGGCAGGAUGUGUAUGAGGCGGUUGUGGGGGGUGAGGCGUGGAGUUGGAUGUUUGAGAAUCGAAGUCAGAGGACGUUGAAGGAGGAUUACUUUCCUGGGGCGAGUGCGUUGACGAUUAUCUUGAAGGACACGGGAAUCAUCACCUCUACAGCACGGAGUGUAGACUUCCCUGUAACACUCUGUUCCGUAGCAGAGCAGGUUUACUUCUCGGCGCUUGAUCGCGGAUGGGGUGCAAACGACGAUGCCGGGGUAGUUCGCCUGUGGACAUCAGAGCCCGUCUCCAGUAUCCAAAGCACACUUUCCGCCGACGAAAAGAAGUCCAAACUCCAGCUCGUCUCGGACCUACUAAUCGGGAUUCACAUCUGCGCGGCAGUAGAAGCGAUUCUACUCGCACAACGGGUUGGCAUUCCAUUAUCUCAAUUCUACGAGUUAGCAUGUGACGCCGCAGGAGGCAGCGUCAUGUUCAAGUCCUUCGGGGGCAAGUUGAUACCACUUCUGAAUGGGGCGACACAAGAUAGCGUAUCAGUUUCUUCGGAGCUGGUCAGAAAAUUGAGAGGAGCAGUGGAAGAGGCGCAGACUAUCAAAUGUCCUAUUCAUCUCGGGAGUGCAGCGCUGAACUUGAUGCUUCAAGCGGGGAAAACUGCAGAUCAGAUGGCAUGGUUGAGAGUUUAUGGGAUGCUAUAA